CAAAGAUUCGAUUGAUUCACAUAAAUACAGUUCGUUCAGUAGAUCGGGUCACACUUCAGUUUCCGACGACUCAAGUAAUCCAACCUUGCAAAAUGUUCAAGUUCUUCCUGCUAGCUUUGGUGCCAGCCAUGGCCAUGGCUGCCGUUGAAUUCUCCGCUUGCCCCAACGGAGCACCAACCCCCACCACACUGACUGUCAACGAUUGUUCCGGUAGCCCGUGCCAACUGACAGCUGGAGCUCCUGUUGAUGCGCUGGCUACUGGAAUUGUGAGUCCUGCUGACAGUGCAACGGCUACCGCUCACAUCGUUGUCCGUUUGGGAGGAUUGGAUGUUGGAUUUGAAAUUCCAUCAGAGCUAGAAAAUGCAUGCGCCGUUGGAAUUACGGGUGGAUGUCCGCUGACCGCCGGAACCGCUUUCAACUAUGCACUGGUCGAUGAUUCCCUGGAUGUUCCGGCCCGUGGUGUUGAGGUAGAAAUCGAAGUUGGCUUGACUGGUGAUGGUGGUGUCGCCCUCGGCUGCUUGCGAUUCAAUGCUGUGAUCAACUAAAAAUCUUACGGACCUUGAUAAUCUGGAGCAUGAUUCGGAAUAAAGUUGAAUGCGUUGCAUAACAUAAUGCA